AUGUCGUUCACUCUGAUCAUUAUGAUACCUCUAAUAGUAGUUUUUGUGCUCACAAGUGGAAUUUGUAAGUCAUAUAAAUAUGGUUGCCUUAUUAACUCAGAAAACAGAAGAAGUGAUGAAAGAAAUCGAGUACUUCGCACAUUAAACAGUGAAAGACAUCUCAAAGACUUGAUAGGCUCUGUUGAGUUUAGAGGAGAAGAUGAGAAAGGCAUAGAUGUGCCAUUUUUUGAUUUCGAAAGCAUUCUAGUAGCUACGGAUAACUUCUCAGAUGCAAACAAGCUUGGACAAGGGGGCUAUGGGCCUGUUUACAAGGGAAUAUUUUUAGGAGGUCAAGAAAUAGCUGUAAAGAGGCUCUCGAGUGUCUCAAGACAAGGCUUACAAGAAUUUAAAAAUGAGGUGGUGUUGAUUGCAAAACUUCAACACAGAAAUCUUGUUAGACUUCGGGGAUAUUGCAUAAAAGGAGACGAAAAGAUUUUACUUUAUGAGUACAUGCCCAAUAAAAGCUUAGACUCAUUUAUAUUUGAUCAAAGGCUAAGCACUAGUUUGGAUUGGGAGAUGCGCGUCAACAUCAUUUUGGGAAUAGCUCGUGGGCUUCUUUAUCUUCACCAUGACUCUAGAUUGAGGAUCAUCCAUAGAGAUUUGAAAACCAGCAACAUUCUUUUAGACGAGGAGAUGAACCCCAAGAUAUCUGACUUUGGCUUGGCAAGGAUUGUGGGAGGCAAAGAAACUGGGGCAAACACAACGACAGUAGUUGGAACUUAUGGGUACAUGUCUCCGGAGUAUGCAUUAGAUGGACUUUUCUCAGUUAAAUCCGACGUUUUUAGCUUUGGUGUAGUCCUACUUGAGAUUAUAAGUGGAAAAAAGAAUACAGGAUUUUACGAGUCAGAACUAGCCAUGAGCCUUGUAGGCUAUGCGUGGAGAUUGUGGGUUGAAAACAAGGUGUUGGAUUUAAUGGACCCGACUCUACAUGAAGUUUGCAAUGUAGAUCAAUUUGUGAAAUGCGUAAAUAUUGGACUCUUAUGCGUACAAGAAGAUUUAAAUGACCGCCCAACCAUGUCAAAUGUUGUUACAAUGCUUGACGGUGAAGGUGCAACAUUUCCAACUCCAAAACAACCCGCAUUUGUUCAACGAAGAGGCCUUCCUAGCAAACCUAGUUCUUCUAGUAAACCGGAUACCACAUAUACAGAAUCAACUAGUAGUACUUUAGAGAUACAUGAUAAUAAUGCUUGAUACCAAUGCAAGUUAUCUUGAAUAGUGGCCCAAACAUUUGAUAUCAAUUC